AUGGACGCAGGAGCAGGCGCGAAAGGGGGUGCUGGCCCCGCGGCCCCCGAGGAUCCCCAGGGCCUGGAGCUCCCAGAGCUCCCACGCCGCCCGCAGCUGCUGGACGAGGACCGAGCGCCCAGUGAGGAAGCGGCUGCGGACGGGGCCAGCGCCCCAGCCCCGGAGGACCCUUUGGGCGACACCCAGGCCCAGGCCCAGGCCCCAGCCCAGGCCGAGGCCGAGGCCUCAGCAGCAGCCCCUGCCCAGGCCCAGGCUGCGGGCGAUGCCAGGCAGGAGCCGAAGGCGGCGGCCGGCGGCAUCCCCAACAUCGGCUUCGUGGGCGAGCCCCCGCCCUACGCGCCGCCGGACCCCAAGGGCGUGCACCUGCUGUACCCCCCCUUCCCACCGGGGCCCGUCCUCUUCCAGCCCGGGCCCUCGCCCCCCGCCAUGUACCCGCCGCCCGCCUCGCCCCUCUACCCUGCACCCGCCCCGCCUCAGCUGUUCGCGCCCUUCCCCGUGUACGGCAGCGCCGUGGCGGCCGUGCCGGCGCCCGCCGCCGUGGAGCACAGGCCGCUGCCCAAGGACCACAUGAUGGAGUCCGUGCUGGUGACGCUGUUCUGCUGCCUGCUCACCGGGCUUAUCGCCAUCGUCUACUCCCACGAGACCCGCGCGGCCCUGAGCCGGGGUGACCUGGCCCAGGCCGAGGAGGCCUCCCGCAAGGCCCGCUCCCUUGUGCUCUUCAGCCUGCUGUUCGGGGUCUUCGUGUCCACCAGCUGGGUCAUCUACGUGCUGGUCGCACUCUACCUGCCCUGAGGGCUGGAGGCUCCUUCAGGGACCUGGAGACUCUUGUGGACUUGGAUCCCUGCUGGUGGCUGGCUGUUGCCUACAGAGGGGACCCAGGGGCAGGAGAGGGUGGGAUUUGGAGCGCUCAGCUCACCUGUGGCUGGCGCCAGCCCCUGCAGGUGGCCUCGGACAGUGUCCUCACCUGCAGUGGCCCCUGGGCCCAGGCCCAGCUGUGGGGUGGGGACCCCCUGGAACCCCGUCUCUGCAGUGCCUCCUCCCGAGGUCUCCCGGGGGCUGUGCUGGCUGGCCCCGCGGCCCUUGCCUGCACCUUACCUGCGGGGGACCCUUAUGGGGCCUGGAGCUCUCAGUGUCUUCAGGGCUGUCAGGGGGACACCACAAACCCCAGCGUCCGCCGGCAGCCUCACUCAGGGAUCGCAGGGCACCGCCGCCGGGGCUCCUUCCUCCCUGGCGGGCAGUGGGAUUGGCCUCCCUCACUGGUGGCUGCUGGCAGCUGGUUCUGUGCCCCUGCCCUGCCCCAGUGUCCGGCUCUCUCCGGCUGGCCCCGCGUCCAGGAAGCAAGGCCACUGUGUGUGGGCAGUAAACAGGGACAGCCUGGGCAGAGCUGGCAGGCCACUCCCGGCCCCCUCCAAGG